CUGAAACUGUCAGUAGAAUUUAAAUGCACAAGACAUGUCUAUUAGAAUUUAUUAUUAUACUAUUCAUCAAACUGAUUAAUGCAGAACAUCAAGAUCACAUCAUUUAUUGGGAUGCUAGUAACUUGAAAUAUAAAGAGACCUAUGAUGAAUUGUAUGUCAAUGAGGGAGAUAAUUUGGUUUUCAUCUGUUCAUCGAAUGAAGCACACGUAAGAAAUCUUUACUGGACAAAAGAUCCUCGAGUACAAAUGAGAUGCAACAAAACGAUAUCAAUAAAAUUCAUUAAACUAUUAGAUUGCUUUAGUAAGAAGUCAUUGAAUGAAUUUAUACUUAAAGUCAGUCGAUUCCCAGAAAUCACAUCACUGCCUAGUUUUGAUUACAAUACACCUGUACAUUUUAUAGAUCAUCCAUUUACAUGUCAGAAAAAUAACUUUCGACUAAGUUUCAAACUAGCAAAUAAUUCUGUAAAUAAUAAAAUUAACUAUUCUGCUUUUGAUGUUCUAAAGUUUCCUACAUCAGAAUCGCAACUAACAGAUCAUAAAAAAUUUGUAUUUAGUUCAAACGACACGUUACAAUAUCAUUCAAAAACUGAACUAUUUCUACAAACUCCAAUCACAUACUCUAAUCAUACAUAUAUUAUCAAAGAAGUAACGAUAGAUUGGAAAGAAUAUAAAUUUCUGUUUGUGUCAGCUAUAUUUGCAUUUCUUACAUUGAUUGGUAUACAGAUAAUUUUAUGCAGUUUUUGGUUACCUAAUUCAAUUGUAAACAAAUUUUCGAAAUAUUUCAAAAAAUGUAAACGUAAAAGAACGCACGAAUUUCAAUUGAAUCACAUAGGUUACAAAUAUGAAAUAAAAAGUUUGAAUGUAGACAAUGGUAUUUCUUCAAUGCCCAAAAUAAAUUCAUCAAAUGAAUGCAGCAUCGUAACAAACCCACACCAAUGUACAUGUUCAGCUGAACCAAUUGUUACACAUACACACUGACAUAAAUAUGUUUAAAACAGAAUUCUUAAUAUUCGUAAAAGUUUAUUUUACAAUGUUGUGUUCUGUGGUUAGAUUAGUGGAUAUACAUAGAUGAAUUUAAAAACUAUUGUCGAUUAGUGAUUCA